GGGCCAGGUCGGGCCCUCCCUCUAUGUCACAACUGUCUCUGUGACCCGGCUCUGGGGGCUCGGUCUCCGGCUCCAUAAGUAGCGUGGCCCCGCCAGGAUCCGGACACGGGGACGGCGGGUCCAGGAAAGGACGCCCACGUCCGCACGAUGUGGGACAUCCUGGAAGCCCUCCUCUUCCCAGUCCUCGCCACUCUGUGGGGUCUUCAGUGGCCUCUCCCGGACGAGGUUUUCACCAUCAUCUUCCUCGUGUUGCUGCUCUGGGAGAUCCACUGGGGCCACCUGAAAUGGUUGACGAUGGAAGAAAUAAGCGAUAAUGAGCGUCGUCCCGAUCCGCAGCCGGAGGACGCGCCGGAAAAAGUUCUGAGGAUGUUGGAGAUAUGUGACCAAAUUCUCCAGGAAAUUCUGCAUCUCCUGAGAAGGCACAACCCGGACACGUCGUCCGAGGAAUCGGACUGCACCGUCUGCCGGCGCCGUAGCGAAAUAGCCCGGGGCCGGUCAACGGAGGACGGCACUUUCCGCUCCACGGACUCACCGCCCCUCACCGGCAAGGAGAGGGCGACUCGACCCCAAACGUCCCUUCGUGGAUGCAGGGGCUCAGAAAGUCACCCUCUCCGGGUGAGCGGUCUGGAGCCGAGAAGUCACCCUCCCCGGGCGAGCGGUCCGGGGUCAAGAAGUCACCCUCCCCGGGCCAGCGGUCCAGAGUCAUGGAUUCACCCUCCCCGGGCCGGCGGUCCGGACUCAAGAAGUCCCCCUCCCUGGGCCUGCGGUCCGGGGUCAAAAAGUCACCCUCCCUGGGCGAGCGGUCCAGAGUCAUGGAGUCACCCCCCCCGGCCAGCAUUCCGGAGUCAAGAAGUCACCCUCCCCGGGCCAGCAGUCCGGGGUCAAGAAGUCACCCUCUCCGGGCGAACGGUCCAGAGUCAUGGAGUCACCCUCCCCAGGCCAGCGGUCUGUGGUCCAGAAGUCACCCUCCCCGGGCCAGCAUUCCGGACUCAAGAAGUCACCCUCCCCAGGCGAGCGAUGAGGGGUCAAGAAGUCACCGUCCCCGGGCGAGUGGUCCGGGGUCAAGAAGUCACCCUCCCCAGACGAGUGGUCCGGGGUCAGGACCUGACCUUCUCAAAGGGGCUCAACUGGCUCAGGUGAAGGAGGUUCAGCAGGUGCAGCAGCCAGUCUGCCCGCUCUCUGGCCAGAGGAGCUCAGAGGACUCACCUGAGAGAGUCCUCAGGGUCGUGUACCCGGCACCGGAGGAGUCGUGGAUCGAGCCCCAGACCUCGCCCCAGAUCCCUCACCCCUGCCGGGCCUCAUUCCUCGUCCCCAACGGCCGCGGAGCCCGGGGGCCUCUCGGCUCGGCGGAGCGCUCGGGGCAGACCACCGCCACCCGCCCAGAUUGCCGGCAGAGAGGGGGCAAGGUGGACCCGGCGCCAUCUUCCCGGAGGGGAAUCACCCCGAAGGCCGCAACCCGGACACCCGCAAGAGCUCCGGGCCCAAGAGGGGAGAGCGGGUGGGCCCCUCGCCUGAUGCAGGGGCCGGUUCUCCCGGCCAAGAGAGCUCCAGCCUUUCCGCGGGGCCCCCGCCCGCCGGAGUAUGGGGCCACGGGGUGCGGGGCGUCACCGGCGGACCCCACGAAGGCCGCACCCCGAGCCUCCCCGACGGGAGAGAGAAGACCGCGGAGGAACGGAUGGCCCAGUGGCACCCGCCGCACGGGAAGGGGGUCGUCCCGUCCCUGGUGAACGGCGGGAGAGACGCCGGCGCCAGGCACCCACCGGCCCCACCUCCCUCACCGGCCCCCCCAGCUCUCUCCGGCCCCGGACAUCCGGUCCCCGCCGCGCCAACCUCCUCGCCUCCACGUGCCUCGCCACCGAACCCCUGUAACCCUGGAGGACUGUACAGGAGCGUGACCCGAGGGCGCAGUCCAUCCCCGGAGGUGAGCCGGAGCGCCGGAACAUGGGAGACCCGAGGAAAACCCGCUAAGCCAGGCGGCCUGUCGGAGGACUCCCCGGAGGCCCUGGGAUCGGCCUCGUGACCGAGGCACGCCGCUUUCCACUCCGGUCUCCCGUACGUGUGUCACCUAGUCGUGACUUGACCGGCGUCCCCAGCGCCGCCCAUGCAGCGGGCCGUGUGAGCAGAGGGCCGGCCCGCCCCGAUCGGUGCCUCCGAUGGGGCUCGGGGGAAGACGCCCUUCGAGCCCAUCCCAAACACCAACCUUCCAGCGAAAACCAUGGCUGGGCAACGUUCCCAGGAAUCCUCGGACCGGGAAGGACCCGGUAGAAACGACGCAGGGGCCCCGGGUCCAGAGAGAGAGGGGCCGGGUCAUCCGAACCCCCGCCCCGCCAACUCAUCCCUCCCCCUGCCCGGGGCUGCAGGCGUCGCCGGGACCCCAGCCGCACCCCAGAGAGGGGAGAAGCACGCCAGCCAACACCACAGCGGACCCCUGGUGCCUGCACUGCCGGCCUUAGAGCUUAGAACCCGGGCCUGGCUUGGACCAGCAGGACACACGGAUGACACCGGGGGACGUUCCCGGGUGGGUACAGGCGUGGAUCGGCUCAAUCUCCAAACGUCGGACCACGGAACCGGGCCCCACGGAUCUGCCGAGAGACGCCUCGGGGGAAGGGACGAAGCCGAGCUCCUCCUCGUCUCCGGCGAACACCGGGCCGUUCUCCCCCGAGGGUCUCGCGCCCCGCGGGUGGGCUUCUCCAGUCUGCUGAGUCAUGGGUCUCAACCCUCUCGACCUCCGAAUCCCCCGAAGGACGUCUUCACGGGACCUGGGCCGAAUAGGGUCGAGGACCCCUAAUCUGCAGGACUCCGAACUGCGGAUGGACCAGAACGCGGCUCGGGCUCGGGGGAAUCGGCCCGUCCCCUCCGAAAGACGGAGUCUGGCAGCGUUCAAUGUCACUGUCUAUUAAAGGCAGUCACCUCUCUGGGA